AUGGUCUUAAAUGUGGUUGUAUUUGUUAUUCAACUCUCGAUCAUAAUGUACUGCUAUGGAACCUUGAUAAGGGGACUUUACUUCACCAAAACGGUGUGUGCAGAAACAGAUGGAGAAAGAUCUGAGAAAAAGAAACUUGUUAUCACGUUCAUGUUGGUAACUAUUGGAUUUUUUGUGGGCUAUACACCAGCUAUAGUUUCUUAUGUAAUCAUUCCAUCAGGAGAUGGAACAACAGACGUCAGUUUUUACGUUCAACUUACGGCUGUGGCUGAUUUUAUAUUCGUUGUAAGUUUAUGUUUCAACCCUUUUAUCUACGCUUUUCGCAGCACUAAUUUUAAAGAAGGAUUUAAAAAUGUAAUUUUAUGUAGAAAUCCGCAAAGGCAUGAUGGAAGUUGCACAGCGUAA